AUGGGAAUAGAACCUACUGUACGGGUAUCAAAUUACGAUGAAAAUCUUAGUAAAGACCUAGCCGUCGAUGAAUUUGUACGUGAGACAGCACGUAUGAAGGCAGUGAAGAUUGCAAAACUUAUGGAUAUCAAAGAUUACGAUGUGAUUAUUGGUUGUGACACAGUGGUUCUAUUUAACAACAAUAUCAUUGGCAAGCCGAUAAAUGUAGAAGAUGCUCGAGCUACUCUUCACAGAUUAAGCGGAAAUGUGCAUGAAGUUUAUACUGGUGUUACAAUCAUAGAUAAUAAUCAACAGUGUGAGCAAUUCGUAGAGCGAACAACUGUCAAAUUUUGUCAAAUUCCAGCAAAUGUUAUAGAAGAAUAUAUUGCUUCUGGCGAACCAUUUGAUCGAGCUGGUUCCUAUAGUAUUCAAGGUUGCGGAGGAAUGUUUGUCGAAAAGAUUGAUGGCUGUUAUUACAAUGUUGUUGGAUUACCAAUUAAUCGAUUGGUAAAAGCUCUCUGGAAAAGGAUCGGUUUGAAAUGA